AUCCCAUAAGAAGAAAAAGCCUGAGCUGUUUGGCGUACUAUUAAGAAGCGUGACUACGACGAGCAAUGCUUGAAUUUUCCGAGAAGCUGACAUUUGUCGCGGCGCUGGCUCUGGCCGUGGUGGCUUUGGGGGGUUCGUCCCCGGUGGUAGGGCCAGAGCCAAUCCGCUGUGCUCCGUGUACACAGCAGGCGCUGAGCGACUGUCCUGCAGUCCCUGCCGACUGCAAGCAAGUGCUGAAGGAGCCUGGCUGUGGUUGCUGCAUGGCGUGCGCUCUGGAGAAAGGUGCUUCCUGCGGGGUUCACACAGCCCACUGCGGUGAGGGUCUACGCUGCACUCCCAGGCCGGGUGAGGCCAGACCACUCCAUGCCCUGACCAGAGGGCAGGGAGUGUGCACCGAGGAGGAACAAGAGGCAGCUGAUGAAGUCCAAGAACAUGGCUCUGUGCACUACAUGUUGGGACUUAACCUUCCCUCUGACCUCCAAGACACCGCUGAGGGCCACGAGAGCUUAAAAGCCAGAGUUAACGCGAUCCGCAACAAACUGGUCCAGCAGGGUCCCUGUCAUGUUGAACUGCACGCAGCCUUGGAUAGGAUCGCCAGCUCUCAGCAGCAGCUGGGUGAUAAGUUCACCACGUUCUACCUCCCGAACUGUGACAAACACGGCUACUACAAAGCCAAGCAGUGCGAGUCGUCUCUGGUUGGACCGCCGAUCCGAUGCUGGUGUGUUUCUUCUUGGAACGGGAAGAAGCUGCCAGGUUCCAGCGACCUUCUCGCCGAUGCACAGUGCCAUCAAGAAGUCGCUCUCUAAGACACGGGUUCUGCGACGUAAACAGAUGCAGCUGUUCUGAGAGACUUCAACUUUGAGUAAAUAUGUAAAACUAACCUAAUUAACUAAAAAUGUAAAAAUCAUAUGAGGCGAAACGCCCAACUAUUUUAUGAACAUUAUGUAUAACAUUAUUUAUUCUUUUGUUGUAUAUUCUUGCAACCAUUAUCGAAGCGUCUUUUGAAGAGUUAUGUUUGUGACGUUUGGCCAACUAAAUAACUCCAUUACUCAUGAAAAAAAAAACAGGUCUGCUACUCCGCUAAGUUUGCUUUGUUAUAAGUCAAGAAAACAACAACAUCUUGUAGUCAAUUCAUUUAUACUGUUGACAUUUUCUGGAUCUAUGUUCAUUUAGUCAAAGUGGAUUCUUAAAGUGAGUCACGAUGGCUGAGCAAAAUAUACGAAGGCUAUCCAAGACGCUGCACAUUAUAGCAUGCACUGCUCAUCUUUUGUCUACCUCCGCUUGCAUCUGCAGGUUCUUUCUUUGAUCAAUGGUUGCGUCUUUUCUUGUAUUUAUUCGCAUAUGCAUAUGAGUUUGAUGUAAAAAGAAAAUAACGUAGAGUGAAGUGGAUUGUUUAUGAAAUGCUGCUACACUGUUAAUGCAUUUUUUUUUAAUAAACUGUUGUACAUAACCCUUA